CCAAUAGGAAAUUACAAAGGAAGAAGUUGAAGAAAUUCUUUAUUUUCUUUAAAAUUCAACAAGUCAGCCCUCUCCUCUCUGCUAUUUAUUAAUUCAUCAGUUUUGUGGACCCCAUUUGCAGUAACAAACGCUCCCAUCUCCCUCCCUCAUAGUGGACUCCUUUAUUCACUUAGCCUCCAAGCCUGCUUCAAUAUUGCCUGGUUACCAUGACCUGCACCUGUUCAUGCUUGGCUCGUCAUCUAUAAAUUUACUUCCUUUAAAACAAAAGAUCAAGUGAUCAUAUGGUAGCGAAGUUUUAUAAUGACAUGGGUCUCUCGAAAGAAAAGGAAUUCCUGCGUUAGCAUUGUAAAGUUGUGCUGAGAUCGAAGCAGUGAAGAAAAAAAGUUGCCGCCACGCGCGAACCUCGAUCGAUUGGGUGAUUCUUCGUUCACUUUAAUACCGUGAAAUGGUCGACGUUACUGCAUUGUGGCCUAACUUCAAAAGGAAAUCAAAUGAGGUAGACAAACUUCUGUGAAAAACCAGCAUGGAAUUCGAUCACGUUUUGCGGAUAAUUGGAGAAUUUGGGCCUCAUCAAAGAAGGUUGUAUGCGUUGCUAAAUUUAUCUCUUAUUCCCGCUGCAUUUCAACUGCUAUUACAAGUGUUUGUUGGAGCCGAGCCAAAAUGGAUUUGUUUGAAUUCUGCGUCGAACGAAACAUGCCCUAGGAAUAAAUCACACUGCUCAGAAGUCCAGUACACUUCAGAAUUUACUUCAAUCGUCACAGAGUGGAAUCUGAUAUGCGAAAAUGCUUACAAAGUGGAUUUAGUUCAAUCUGUUCUUAUGGCUGGGACAUUAGUAGGCGCAGUCAUUCUCGGAGCCUUAGCUGAUAAAUGCGGAAGGAGGAAAAUUUGGUAUAUUUCCUUCACUGGGCUUGUCAUAUUUGGCUUUGCAAGCUCAUUUGCUCCAACAUACAGAAUAUAUGCUUUAUUACGAUUUUUGACUGGAUUUUGGAUUGGUGGUGAAAUACUAUCUGCCUUUGUAUUAGCAACAGAACUUAUUGGUCCGUCUUACAGAGGGUUUGCUGGCACAAUGGCACAAUGUUUCUUUACAUCUGGACUUUUAAUUCUUCCAAUUGUUGCAUAUUUGAUUCGUGACUGGAGGACAUUGUCAGUUCUGCUGUCUUUACCAUUUUAUGUUUUUAUAUUAUUUUUUAGAAUUGUUCCUGAAUCAGCUCGCUGGCUUAUAAUUCGUGGGCGCCUUGCUGAAGCUGAGGACAUUCUAUCCAGUAUAGCAAGGAAAAAUGGUAUAGCUGUUCCCAAGAUUCUGUUACAAGUGAGCCGUCCACUGUCUGUUGUUGGAAACAGAUAUGGCUGCUUAGACCUUCUAUCCAACCUGAAGAUUGCUAAAAUUACUAUAGUCUUGUUCUACUUAUGGUUUGUGAAUACACUUGUUUAUUAUGGCUUGUCACUCAACACCAAGCACUUAGGUGGGGACAUUUACAAGAACUUUUUCUUGUCAAGCCUCAUGGAAGUUCCUGCAUACUUGACAAGUGUGUGUCUCAUCAACUGGGUGGGCCGUCGCCGGAGUCUGUGUUACUACAUGGUGAUUGGAGGAACUGCAUGCUUGACCUGCUUAUUUUUUCAAACAGGUACCAAACCUGUUUACAGGGUGUUAACAACUGUGUUUGCCAUGAUUGGCAAAUUUGGAAUCUCGGCAUCAUUUGCUGUUAUUUACAUUUAUUCAGCUGAACUUCUUCCAACUGUAGUCAGGAAUGUUGGAAUGGGAGUGUGCUCCAUGGCAUCCAGAAUUGGGGGAAUUUGUUCUCCAUUUGUGGUAUUUUUGGGCAUUUACACUCGCCCUCUACCCAUGAUGAUAUUUGGAAUGUGUUCCUUUGCGGCUGGGCUGCUAAGCCUGGUGUUGCCAGAGACUCUGAAUAAACCACUUCCUGAGAGCCUAGAGGAGACUGGGUUUGAGGGUGUGGAAGGAUUGUUGUAUGAGCAGCUGGAAAUGGAACAGUUUACACAUGAAAUGGAAUUUAACAAUGAAGCAUUCCAAGCUAAUGAUUCAGACUUUGACGAUGAUAUUGUGAGUGAAAAGACGACAUUUAUCUAGAAUGAUGCACUGGAAACUUUUAGUUUGAAUUCAAUUUUUACUUAAAGAGUAGGAUAUGUUAGGUAACUGAGAUGAGAUGGACUUUUUAAGGGCUAAAUAGACAUAAUUAAUAAUCAUUCUCAAAUUAUUUAUAACAAAGUUAUUUAUUGAGCUAUAGUUGGCAGUGUAACUCUUCUGACCCAGUGGUGAAUUUUUCUUAAUAAAGUUCUGGUGCUUUAGACUUAAAAAUUAUUUUGCAAAGCCUCAGUUCUGCAAAUUUAAAACAAUACGGUGACAAUGUUCUUCAGCCAUUUUGAAGUAUUACAAUAACCUGAUGUAAAUCUACCAUUGUUGCCAAUUGAAGGUAACCACAAAGUUUGUACAAUACAGAAUUAUUGAAGUUGUAAGUUUAAUCUUGAAACUGUAAGAAUUAAGAUUCUUUGCUGGGAUUUCCAUUCAUUUGAUACGUGACAUAGCACAUGGAAUGAAUAGGGGAAUAGUGGACAUUUUCAAAAGAAAAAAUGAAAAUUCAUUUUGAAAAAUAUUGAAAGUAAUAUUGUCAUCAAUGUGACAUGAAACUUUGCUUUUCAAAUAGGAUGUGAAAAGUACCUCAUUGAAAAUAAUUGACAAAGUAAAUAUUGUUACAGAAAGCAUUAUAUUAAUCAUUACUGUCAAAUGUUAACAAAAUAUGUGAUAUCGCAUGUAGAUGUAUUUGGAGCUAGUUUCAACCAAAAAAAUGUAAUAUCAGAUGUAAAUAUUUUGGGAAAAAACAUUUGGGAAAUGUUUCCAGAAAAAGAUACCUAUUUGAUGGAAUGGAAAUAAAAUAUUUGCCAGUCAA